CACCAACUCAGUACCUAUCUACCUAUCUCCUAAGUACAUAUAGCCCCGAGAGCUGAGGGCAGGAGGGUACCCUGAUGCAGAUAUCCGUACCCUACUCAUCUCACUCUUUGUUAUCAGAUGGAUACCGGUAGAACCCUGGGAAGCACACACUACGGUACCCAAGCCUUAGGUACCGCUCCAGUGUGGAUCGCUGGGCUAACUAGGUACACCUCCGUCAGGUACAAAACCAUCACCGCCAGUCCAGUCUCCCUGACCCCUCCUACCGGUAUUUUACUACACCACAGCACCACCACCCAUUAUUUGCUUCGACUCCUGUUGUAAACAAUAUAAACAGUAGUAUUGUUCCAUCUUCAUCUUCACCUCUCAUUCUCCUUGUUAUCCCCCCCCCCCCCCCCCCCGCUCCUUCUCAUACUCUCCUUCAAGAUGGCUUCCCAUGACGAGAACGAUCACCUGCCCGAGGAGACUCAGGGCUACAAGCUCUCAGCGCCCAAGCAGACCUUGGCUGAGUAUCAGAAUAUGGAUGCGGGCGACGAGUCUCUUCAACGCUACAAGCAGUCCCUCGGUCUUGGUGGCGGCGUGGACCUCUCCGACCCCAACGACCCCCGUGUCUGCAUCAUCAAUUCCCUGACCAUGGACUCCCCCGGCCGCCCCCCGGUCACCAUCGACCUUUCCGCCCCGGGCAGCGAGAGCACGCUCAAGGACCACCCCUUCAAGAUCAAGGAGGGCAGCAAGUUCACUAUGGUUGCCAGCUUCAAGGUCCAGCACGAGAUCCUUAGCGGCCUCCAGUAUGUCCAGGUCGUCAAACGCAAGGGAAUCAAGGUUAGCAAGGACUCGGAGAUGUUGGGCAGCUACGCUCCCAACACCGACAAGCAGCCUUUGUACUCCAAGCGCUUCCAGGAAGAAGAGGCUCCGUCUGGCAUGCUGGCCCGAGGCCACUAUAAUGCUGUGUCGAGCUUCGUUGACGACGACAAGAAGACCCAUCUGCAGUUUGAGUGGAGCUUCGACAUUACCAAAGACUGGUAAGUGAUGCGGCGAGUCCUGCUUGCGGCCGGAAUUGCAACGGUCAAGGGGAAAUGAUGUAAACGUGGAAACCCUCCUGAAAACAAAGGCAAAAAGAGACACUUUCUAGAUUUGACGAUGAUGAAGGAUGGGCAGCGGAUCUGCCCGGACGAUCAUGAAUUCAU